AUGGCUCGUAUCACAGUUUUGUGGGUCUCAUCGAUCUUGUUCCUGCUAUCCUGCGUUGCAGCAGGAUCAAGUUUCGAUGAAUCCAACCCAAUCAGACUUGUAUCUGACCGUCUCCAUGACUUCGAAUCUUCUGUUGUUAAAGUCUUAGGCCAAACUCGUCGGGCUCUCUCCUUUGCUCGUUUUGCUCACAGGCAUGGAAAGAGAUACGAGACAGAGGAGGAGAUGAAGUUACGGUUUGCUAUAUUCUCGGAGAGUUUGGAUUUGAUUAGAUCCACUAAUAAAAAGGGCUUGCCUUAUACUCUUGGUCUUAAUCAAUUUGCUGAUUGGACAUGGCAAGAAUUCCAGAAGUACAGACUGGGAGCUGCCCAAAAUUGCUCUGCAACCACAAAGGGCAAUCACAUGCUUACCGACGCUGUCCUUCCCGAUACGAAAGACUGGAGGAAAGAAGGUAUAGUCAGUCCCGUUAAGAAUCAAGGUUCCUGUGGUUCUUGCUGGACUUUCAGCACCACUGGAGCUCUUGAGGCUGCUUACCAUCAGGCUUUUGGAAAAGAAAUCUCUCUGUCUGAACAGCAGCUUGUGGACUGUGCCAGAGCAUUUAAUAACUUUGGUUGCAGUGGUGGAUUGCCAUCCCAAGCCUUUGAAUACAUUAAAUUCAAUGGUGGCCUUGACACUGAGGAAGCGUACCCUUACACUGGAAAAGAUGGUACUUGCAAAUUCUCAUCAGAAAAUAUUGGUGUCCGAGUUGUCGAUUCUGUCAACAUUACCCUGGGUGCUGAAGAUGAAUUGAAGCAUGCAGUUGCAUUUGUUCGUCCAGUGAGUGUGGCAUUCGAGGUAGUAAAAGGGUUCCGUCUGUACAAGAAAGGAGUUUACACCACCGACACUUGUGGCAGUACUCCCAUG